AUGUCUUACCGCGUUGGUGGUGGCCGUGCCAGCGACGUCGACGACCGCAGCUACUAUCGCGACGAACCCCGCCGCGGGCCCCCUCGUCGUGAAUAUGACGAUGUCACCGAGGUUUACGAGAGACGUGAGGAGCGCCGAAGUCCACCGAGACGAGCCCCUGUGCGCGAAUACGAGGAGACCGACAUCUCUAUUAGAGAGCGAGAGAGCCGCACUCCAGCAUUCCUUCGCGAAGAACCAAGACGAGGCGAGGCAGGGCCACUUGUCCUUCGUUCGCGCGAGAUAGAAACGAUUGAUCGUCGUCGCCCUCGCAGCCCCAGCCCUGUGCGUGCAGAAGAACGCAUCAUGAUCCGCCGACGGAGUAUAUCUCCUCCUCCUCGUAGGGAGAGGGAGAGGGAUCCAUUGCCCGCACCCAUGCCUGAGAUCAGGAGGCCCAGGUUUAUUGAGCGCUCGCCCUCUCCAGGCCCAGAAGUACGUGUGGACACACGUAUCAUUGAAAGGAGGAGAGAGCGAUCACCUACUCCCCCACCAGAGAGGGAGCGAGAAAUUCGCAUCAUAGACCGUGAGAGACGCAGAGUGCCUUCUCCAAGCCCCUCUCCGCCUCCUGCACCCCCGACUCCCCAACCGCAAGUUAUUCGUGGCCCAACGAUAGAGAGAGAGGUGAUUACCCAUUAUCGCGAUAUAGAUCAUGGCGUUGAACGGGCACCACGCCCUCCUUCUCCGCCACCACCUCCGCGCCGGGAGCGCCCAAGAGAACGUGAGCGUGAGAUCGAUAUCGGCAUUUAUGAUUCACGAGGCGAAACAGAGGUUGACAUUCAUCAACGUACUCGCUCUAGGUCGCGACCUAGAGCACGACCAGUACCUCCGCCGAGGGGUCCCUCCUACUAUGAUGAUGAGGUUAUCGUACGAAGCGACCGAGACCGUCUAAAGAUCGAUAUAGAGCAUGAUCACAGACGCUCCCGCUCAGUAGCACCGCCGGCACCGUCACGGCCGGACUACUCCGACGAGGCGGAAUAUAUCACCAGCAAGAUCGAUUCACGAGGUCAAAUGGGUGAGGCAUGGCAUGGAGCCACCAAAGACUGGACAAUCGUCGAUGUUCCUCCGGGAACCGAACGUGUGAAGAUGGAUGGUGUUGGAGGUGGUGGGGCUGAAGUUACCUGGCAGCGAUACAACGGUGUGCGCAGAGCCAAAUUUCUUCCCGAGCGAGAUGGGACCGUCGUCUCUUCAAGUAGCACAAGCCUUGCUCCAGAACCAGCCCGAGAGUCAGUCUCUGACCGGGAUCGACUAAGCGUCCAAAUCUACGACAAACAUCGCGACUCGUCUCGGGAUAGGACAGUUGUUGAAGACGUGCACGACACUCGCAUCUCGAUUCGCGACCGAGAUCGCGAACGACGGCCUGUGAAGAAACAACAGGAAAUGUGGACAGAGAUCACCAAGGACCUGGUUGUUCGUGAGGCAGUCGAGCGGAUGGGAUAUGAGUAUGAAGAAACCGAGUUCUUCUUUUACGUGAUGGAAUAUCUCCGUUAUGAAGAUGUAUUGCAGCUGGUUAAUAUGUCUGAUUCGAUCCGAAAGGCACGCAAGGAGAGAGCCCGGGAGAUCGAAUGGGAGCGCGAGGCCAGAGAGCGAUGGGAGCGACGACAUAGACAUCCCAGACACAGAGAUCACUUUGACGACGAAAGAAUUGUCGAGCAUGAGGUCAUCUACGAGCGUGACCGCAAGGGCUCGCGCCAAUACCUCCACUAA